UCUCACGUACGCCGCACAACAAUUGGGCGUGGGGCGGGACGCUCUUCCCCUCUCUCGGCGACCGAGCCCCCUGUAAGCUAUCCUCCCCCACCAUAGUCCGUACCCUCCCUUCCACCCCUCACCCCGAAGAGAGCUCGUUCUCCUUCCGACCCUAGUGGAUUUUCCCGGCGAUUCUCGAACGGCGAUCGAGGGUUCCGGCGAAGGAUUGGUGAUGGUUUCGCCUGAGAACUCCAACUGGGUUUUCGACUGUCCUCUGAUCGACGACGACAUGUCGGCACCCGAGACCGGGUUCUACUGGACUCCCCAGGGGAUCAACAGUUCCUCCAAUGCCAGUGUCGAAAUUAGUGGCUCCUUUGUAGAUUCUGGUGGCAUUAAAGAUUCAGGCUCCAAGAAACGUGUCAGGUCAGAAUCUUCCAGUCAGCCAGGAUCCAAAGCCUGCAGGGAGAAGCUGAGACGAGAUAGGUUAAAUGAUAGGUUCUUAGAGUUGGGAUCGAUUUUGGAGCCAGGAAAACCACCGAAAAUGGACAAAGCAGCUAUCUUAAGUGAUGCUGUCCGCAUGGUGACUCAAUUGCGUAGUGAAGCACAAAAGUUGAAAGAUUCAAAUGAGAAUCUGCAGGAGAAGAUCAAAGAACUGAAGGCUGAGAAGAACGAGCUUCGUGAGGAGAAGCAGAGGCUGAAGGCAGAGAAGGAGAACCUAGAGCAGCAAAUAAAGAUGUUAAAUACUCGAGCAAGCUUUGUAGCACACCCUCCUGUAAUUCCAGCGGCUUUUGCUGCACAAGGGCAAACAGCAGCGCACAAGCUAAUGAUGCCCGUUAUCAGCUAUCCUGGAUUCCCUAUGUGGCAAUUCAUGCCACCUGCAGAUGUUGAUACCUCAAAGGAUGCUGAAUCAUGUCCUCCAGUUGCUUAAGAUCAUUGAUAACUCUUUGAUUAGCUAAUUUCUUUAGCAACUGCUUUACUUCUUUGGCUUGUAAAAACAUUGUUUCAUUUCCAUGUUAGGCUUGGCUUGUCAGUAGUAUAACCAUGAAUUGUAGUUGUUUGGAUUUGAAAUAAAUUGCAACUGUUGUGGUCAACUGUAAAUUGUAGUAAACAAAAAAGAAUCCAGCUUUCUCAUCAGUAUCAAAGGGAAUCAUGGAGAUUCUUAGUGAUUUA